AUGAGGUAUGGCUUGGGCGCCUCUCUGCGACUCGUGCCACGUCUCCAGGUGCCGCCUCUGCUUCCGUUGACACGGCAUCGUCUUUUCGAUGCUCUGGACCAUCAUUGGACAAAGUCUCAACGUCGUACGUUGAGUACGGACAAAGUCACUGGGAUAUCUCAACCUGCUUGUCGCCGCCAAUACAUUAGUUUCUAUAACUACACGCCUCUGGAUCGAGACCAGCUGCCAAAACUCUGCCAAGAAAUGACUGAUUACUGGGGUAGAUUGGGGGCUCUUGGACGCGUUUACAUUGCGGAAGAAGGUAUCAACGGUCAGCUGGUAGUGCCGGAACCGGCGGUAACUGUCUUGGAGCAGUCAUUCCCGAGCUUGCUACGCGGUGCGAAGCUCUUCUACGGGCAUUUGCUUGACAAAGAGGUGCAAGAUGAAGAGACUACAGAUGGCAACAAGCCUGUGGAGCCGUUCAAAAAGCUCGAUAUUCGUGUCCGUGACCAGAUAUUACGUGAUGGCUUUGACAAGGGCGCCCUGAAUUUAGAAGACGCAGGACGUGAGUUGUCACCUGAACAGUGGCAUCGCAAGCUUACAACGAGAAACAACGAGUACGACUCGGAUGUGCUAGUGCUGGAUGUGCGCAAUUUCUACGAGCACGAGAUCGGACGCUUUGAGGGAGCCACUCGAGUCAUGGUAGACACGUUCCGAGAUACGUUUGACGCGCUGGAUGAGAUUCUAGACACGCAUGAACGGGAGCAUGAUGGACGAAAACCGAAAGGGGUCAUGGCGUACUGCACCGGAGGAAUUCGCUGCGAAAAGGUGGCCGCGUACUUGACGCAGUACAAAGGUAUCUCGAACGUGCAAAAGCUGCAUGGCGGGAUCGUGAACUAUACGCGCUUUUUGAAGGAGCAGCGGCAUCAUGCACGAGCUCGGUCAGUGACUGAUGGUGGCGGAUCAAAGAGUGAUGAUGGCCGUAUCAACGUGGACGUGUCUUUGUUCAAGGGCAAGAACUUCGUGUUCGACCAGCGCUGUGUGAGUGACUUGACCGUGUCCGAACAGGUGACGGACGACGUGUUGGGUCGAUGUUUCCAGUGCGGCGAGCCGUGCAACCAUCACAUCAACUGCAGUAAUAGCAUGUGUCAUGGCCUGAUCUUGCAGUGCUCGAAGUGCGCUAGAAGCAUGUUGAGAGCAUGCAGUGAAGCGUGCAAGCAAGAAUUUAUCAAGAUGAUGGCGAUGGCUCCAGACAAGCAACGCAAGUACAGGAAGGCGAACGCCUUGAAGUGGAAACCGAGGAACCCAAACUCAGUGAAGUUUAUUAGAUUCAGACCAGCUCCCCCCGAGUUGCUGACCAAAGUAUAG